AUGACGAGCGUGAACGACGUGGCGCUGGAGGAGCUCAAGCCCGCGAGCAGCAGCACCAGUGGCGGCAGUAGCGGUCUCGACGAGUGGAUCGAGAACCUGCGCCACGGCAAACUGCUGAGCGAGCUGGAGCUCAAACAGGUGUGCGAGAUGGUGAAGCUGCUGCUCAUCGAGGAGUCCAACGUGCAGCCCGUGAGCAGCCCCGUGACCGUGUGCGGCGACAUCCACGGCCAGUUCUUCGACCUGCUGGAGCUCUUUCGCUGCGGCGGCGACAUUCGGGACACGAACUACAUUUUCAUGGGCGACUUUGUGGACCGCGGACACAACAGUGUAGAGACCUUUGAGCUCCUGCUGUGCCUCAAAGUGCGCUACCCCGACCGCAUCACUCUGCUACGUGGGAACCACGAGUGCCGCCAGAUCACGCAGGUCUACGGCUUCUACGAGGAGUGCGUGCGCAAGUACGGCAACGCCAACCCCUGGAAGUACUGCACGGACGUGUUUGACUACCUCAACUUGGCUGCGAUUAUCGACGGCCGCGUGCUGUGUGUGCACGGCGGCUUGUCGCCAGAGCUGCGCACGCUGGACCAGAUCCGGACAAUAGAGCGCCAGCAGGAGAUCCCACAUGAAGGAUCGUUCUGCGACCUGAUGUGGUCGGACCCGGAAGAUAUUGAGACGUGGGCCAUGAGUCCACGUGGCGCUGGCUACUUGUUUGGCGCCAAGGUCACACAAGAGUUUAACCAGAUUAACGGGCUGGACCUCAUCUGUCGGGCCCACCAGCUUGUGCAGGAAGGUUUCAAGUACAUGUUUGACAACAGCCUCGUGACGGUCUGGUCAGCACCCAACUACUGCUACCGAUGCGGUAACGUUGCAGCUAUCCUGUCCUUCGAUGAGAACCUCGAGCGUGAUUUCAAGUUGUUUCGCGAGGUUGCUGAGUCGUCCGACGGCUUCAACCAGCGUGCGCUCGUGCCGUAUUUCCUGUAA